AUGCCAAAGACCCUGCGCCACGAUGCGCUCUCUCAACGCCUGACUUGAAAUGCCUAGGACAUGUACCGGCGAACGCAAAUCAGGACUUCAAGACAUCGACGGCGUUGAGGGAAGUACAGUACUGCUGACGUCAUCGCCAGUAUGGCCGAGGUACGCCAUCGAUCCGACUCCUCGUCCUCAAACUUCCAUUUUCGGGACCACAAGGCAACGGCCGCAUAUGCACAAGUCGACAUUGUCCCGCCUCGAGGCUCCUUCCUCAAGGUUAGCCUCCGCGGCGCGCGCGAUAAGCUCCCGCGGGCGAAAAGUCUCCAUUAUCCUGCCCGCCUUCCAGCUCGUCGGGCUCAUCCUCGUUGUCGGGCGCAGCGGCGAGUGAUGCCGCGCGAUGGCGAUGAUCGUGUGCCGGUGGACAGCUGAUUGACGAGGAGAAGUUCAUUUCCGCGCGCGAAGACCUUGCGCGAGCGUGUCAUAUCAUCCAGGUGCGCUCUCGGUCUUCAUCUUACGGAUGAUACGCGCGAUGAGAGAUGUCACUAGGGUGUUUGGGUCGCAUGACUCUCAUGAAGGCCGCUAGCAACACCGGGGGAUGUCGACGUGUAAUCAUAUCCACGUUGAUGUGGAUGAUUUAAUGCGAUAGCUAGGCUUACGUCCAGACUGCAGAGAAAUCUUCGCUCGAGGUGUUCAGGUCAUGCACGUUCGCUCGGGUGAGUCCGAACAUGGCUUUUCUUUCCCUUCGCCGCAC